GGCGCCGCCGCGUUCCGAGGGCUACGGGCGCGAGGCGGCUCCGCGUCUCUGCAGCGCGGGAGGGCUGCUGACGGGACGCGGCCCGGCCGCGGGCACCCGGCGCCUUCCUCCGCGGUAGAGACAAGGAAAGGACAGAGCCGGCCGCGUCCCGCUGCCCCCUCGCCCUUAUGGCCGGCUCGGAGCAGCCGCCGGCGCGGCGGGAGGACGGGGAAGCUCCGUUGCCCAUCGAGGACUCGGAGCUGGCGCUGGCCGGUAUCAACAUGCUGCUCAACAACGGCUUCCGCGAGUCCGACCAGCUCUUCAAGAAGUACCGAAAUCAUAGCCCGCUGAUGAGUUUUGGAGCCAGUUUUGUCAGUUUUUUGAAUGCCAUGAUGACGUUUGAAGAGGAGAAAAUGCAGCUGGCAUGUGAUGACUUAAAGGCUACAGAAAAGCUAUGUGAGAGUGACGAAGCUGGAGUUAUUGAAACAAUCAAGAAUAAAAUUAAAAAGAAUGUUGAUGGGCGAAAAUCUCCUCUAUCCAUGAUAGAUCGUCUGCAAAGACAAAUCAUUGUAGCGGACUGUCAAGUCUACUUGGCUGUGCUCUCGUUUGUAAAACAAGAAUUAUCAGCAUACAUAAAAGGUGGAUGGAUCCUCCGAAAAGCCUGGAAGAUUUACAAUAAGUGCUAUACGGACAUUAAUACGCUACAGGAGAUUUAUCAGAAGAAAGCUACUCAGGAAUCCUUGACUUCUGACGCUGCAAAUGAUAAUCAUGUUGCUGCAGAAGGUGUAACGGAGGAUUCGCUAAACAGACUGAAAGGUGCUGUUAGCUUUGGAUAUGGACUUUUUCAUCUUUGCAUAUCCAUGGUGCCCCCAAACCUGCUCAAAAUCAUCAACCUGCUGGGUUUUCCUGGAGACCGCCUGCAGGGGCUUUCUUCACUGAUGUAUGCAAGUGAAAGUAAGGACAUGAAGGCCCCUUUAGCUACAUUAGCUCUGUUGUGGUACCAUACAGUUGUUCGCCCCUUUUUUGCUCUUGAUGGCAGCGAUAACAAGGCAGGAUUGAAAGAGGCAAAAGAGAUUCUUGCAAAGAAAGAAUCUGCUUACCCAAAUUCUUCUCUGUUCAUGUUCUUCAAGGGAAGAAUACAACGAUUAGAGUGUCAAAUCAAUAGUGCCUUGGCUUCGUUUCAUACUGCUUUGGAACUUGCAACCGACCAAAGGGAGAUUCAACAUGUCUGCUUAUAUGAAAUAGGCUGGUGCAGCAUGAUAGAGAUGAAUUUCAAAGAUGCCUUUGAGUCCUUUGAAAGGCUUAAGAAUGAAUCCAGGUGGUCUCAGUGCUAUUACGCUUAUUUAACAGCAGUUUGUCAAGGAGCCACUGGAGAUGUCAAUGGUGCUCAGAAUGUGUUCAAGGAAGUUCAGAAGCUUUUCAAAAGAAAAAAUAAUCAGAUCGAGCAAUUUUCAGUGAAAAAGGCAGAUAGAUUCAGAAAGCAAAUGCCAACCAAAGAGCUCUGUGUCCUGGCAUCCAUUGAAGUACUGUACUUAUGGAAAGCCCUUCCAAACUGUUCCCUCUCCAACCUGCAGCAUAUGAGCCAAGCUUGUCAGGAUGUUGAUGAUUCAUCAGCUGUUGGUUUGAGGAAUUUGCUUCUCGGUGCCAUACACAAAUGCCUGGGAAAUUCUGAAGAUGCUGUUCAGUACUUUCAGCAGGCUGCUAAAGAUGAGCUGUGCCGUCAAAACAACUUGUACAUCCAGCCAUAUGCUUGCUAUGAGCUUGGCUGUCUUCUAUUAGACAAUCCAGAGACCGUGCCGAGAGGCAAGACCUUACUUCUCCAAGCCAAGGAGGAAUUUACAGGCUAUGACUUUGAGAACAGAUUGCACGUCCGCAUCCAUGCAGCCUUAGCUUCUCUAAGGGAAGUUGUUCCACAGUGACAAACAGCAAGUUGUGUUGUCCAUUCCCACAGUUUCUGCACUUUAGGAUGAAGCAGAAGAAAAAAAGCUGUUGGGAAGACCAGCUUUUCUUCUGGAAACCACUUGUGCCAGAGACACUUUCAUCAUGUGGUUAGGAGUUGGUAUGGCUUAGUAAAAUACUACAAUUUCAACUGAAAGUAAAUCAACCAAGCAGAAGGUUAAGUGACCUUGCGUAUUUUAACUCUUCACUUUUUAGUUUGUUUAAACCGAGGGGAACACGGUUAUUCAGUGACUCAUCAGGAGAGCCUAAAUAAGCACACAGCUUACUUCAAUGUUGGCAGAUGGGAUCUUUUUUUAUUUUUAAAGUUUUAAAGCAGAUCUAAAUCUAAAAUAUGCUAAAGGGGGGGGUGUUUCUGUUUUGAUUAGAAUACGAUAAAAGUAGUUGGUACAGAUGUUGAAGAAGGGAAUGGGCAGAACAAGUAUUUUCUUGAAGCAUUAGCCAAAACACAAAAGAAGGAAAACCGUUCAGCCACAAAGAGCAGAUCUUGCUGAAUUUUAGAGAUUUAUUUCAGUGAAUUCAUGAUGAAUAAUUUGCCAAUUUAAAACCUCCCAUUCCCUUUCUGUUAUUUGUUGCUUCCUUCUCAGCACGGCUCAUACUUCUGAUACAAAUUCUAUCAACACUUAAGAUCUUGGCUUCUGGUACAUUCCAGCCAAACACUUUGCUUUGCAUGUAAUCAUAGUGAGGGCGAUUUUCAAUUUGCUCUUAAUAUUCUGACCGGUGCAUUCAGAUAAGUAGGCCACAUACAGUAAUUUUACGUGUUUUCCAUUGAAGCUGCUAAACCUUUAUGGCAGUGACUUUUACAGCUAUUAAAUCAGACAAAACAGUACACCCACCACCCACCUCCAACCCUGUUUUUGUAGUUUUACCAAUGCUGUGCUAUCUUAAGUCUCUACAUGAUAUUCCAAAUUUGUGGCGUUGACAUUUGAAGUUGACUUACUGAAGACACUCUGAGAGCUUGAAACUUACACCAGGAUCCCAUAUAUGUAUAUUGUUUUUAAUACUGGCCAUCUGUAUCCUUGUUUGUAGAUUUUUAAAAAGCAAAACAAAAAAACACAAAAACAUUUUGUCUGUAGCAUCUCCCUAUGUUGUAUAUUCAGUUAGUAUCAUUACCUAGAAGGUAACGAAGGCAUGUAUUUAUUUAUGUAUUUU